ACCCAGUCAUUUGACAAGGCAAAACAACACGGCAGUGGUUCAGGAAGACAGGCGACAGACAUGGACCUUCAUCGAGUGGACAGAGUUGGCCUGCUGUCUCCCCUGGAGGAGUCCAGUGCUGAGAUUAGCAGAGACAGCGGCAUCGUGUCUCAAAGUGCGAGCAGUCUGUCCAUGGUGAGUGAAAUCCUCAGCAGCGGGACCGUGUCGCAGAGCCCGAGCUUUGGCGCAGCGGCUAACCUUAUCCAAAGCCCGAGCCCCGACGAAGCAGCAGACCCCGGGACAUCUGACCAGCACUACCCGGAGCAGGACGACGAACUCCUGAGACACACCGCCUUCAGCUACUCAGCCUACAUCCGGGCUACAGCUGGAGAAGAGAUCCUGUGCUUGGAGAAGAGCUUAGAAGAAAUGCUGACAAGGGUGGAUGAGUUUGUAGGAAUGCUGGACAUGAUCCGUAAUGAUACUUCCCAGAUAGUAAAUGAAAAUCUACCUCAAAUUCAACAGAAGUCUGAUGAAAUGAGACAAAUAUACAGAAGAAUUGAUAAGUUAGAGGCCUUUGUAAAGAUGGUUGGCGCCAAUGUCAAUGCGAUGGAGGAGCAGGUCACGCAGGCAGAAGGAGAGCUAGGAACAUUGCCGGGUGCUUUCAAGAAAAUCCUUCGCACAAUGAGUGUCCCGGGGUUCUUAAAUAAACCGUCCAGCCCAAGAAGACCAGCACCACAUCAACGUCAAGAGAUCCCCAGUGUGUUCCGAACAGACGAUUAUUUCCCAUCACAGCCAGAGCAGUGACACACGGGAGCAUUUAACACAUAACUUGGUUCUAACCUCAGAGGCCUGUUGGGUGAAACUGUAGAGAGAACUUUUACUGCCAUCCAUUGAACGAGGAGCUAUUGGUGCAGUGGCCUCAAAUAAGCAAUAGUAGCCUUUAUGAACAAGUAACUGGAAGUGAUGUGUGAAAGACAUUCUGCAUUUUGAGUGUCAUUUUACUGGCAACAAGAUGAAAGCACUGAACUGUAGCAAAAUGAUUUUAAAAAAGUGCCUAAAUGGGUCUUAGUUCUGUCUUGUUUCACAAUGUUUGAAGAAAUGUCAGAUAUUGGAUUUGUGACAAGUCGGGAGGUAAAAGUCAUCCAGCAUGCCUAUAGGACACUGUAAAGAAGGAAGGCAAGAAAGAGCUCUGAAGAUCUACAGAUGUACAACAUGAAAAUAACCCAGCUUUUUUUUUAAAAAGGACAUUCCUGUAAAUGGUGUUUAUAAAGACCUGCACGCUGUUCAUGCAUUAAUAUGCAUUUCUAAUGUUUCUGCACUCUCCCUAAACAAAAUAGAUCUUAUCCAGUCAAGCAUUUAAUGUCUUCCAUUUCAAAAGAUUCACUUUUACUAAUAGCCUUAUGUUACAGGCUACGGAUAAGAGUUGCCUCAUGGACAUGGCACUACAUCUUUGAUAGCACCUUUUUUAACAAAGCACACUAUAGAUGAGCUAUCUUGGUUAGAGAGACUAUGAUGAAUUAGAGUUUGGCCUCAGGCUGGAGUUACUAUUGAAUUUUGUUCCCUUGGAUAUGGUCCUUUGGAGAUCUCUGUACCUUAGAAAUGUGAUGAUGCCCUUACCGAUCCAAAAACAACAAUGGUCACAGCUAUGAUUAAUUAUUAGAUUAUUUGCCAAAGUAGUUUUAAAAACAGAUUUUUCAUUUACAGGAUAUUUUAUGUUGAUGUUUUUAAUACAAUAAUUAAAGAUUUAAUUGAGA